GCAAAUUGCUAAAAAUCCUAGCUAAAAUGGAGCGUUCGGGUUAUUCCAACGGAUAACCGUAACCUUUCUACAUGCUUAUUUUCGCUUCUUUUGACAGUGCUAGGCUGCUCGUAAAACAAUUAGUUAAAACGUCUUUUUUGGAAUUUUUGGAAAGUUUUUUAUUGCAAAAUUUUUAUUUUGAAAUUCCAAUUAUUAAAGAAAUUAAAAAACGUCUUUUUUAAAGACGUUUUUAGGACGUCCUAAAGAUAUCUUAUUUAGAACGAUACGCGGAGCUCACAUGUAUGUACGUGGUUUGCGCAUAUGUGCGGUAUUCCUUCCGUCAUACCGCUUGCUGCUGCGUCUUUGAUGAUGCGUUUGUUCACAUAUGAUGCAAAGUGAUUGAAAUACUUUGUAAAUGAAGUAUUUAAUUAUUGUUUAAGUUGUAUAUCAAAAGAUUUAAGAAUGGCCGAGAUAGAUAUUUUUGACAACAACGAAGGACAACUACCUCAGGAUCUUGGAGAUGAUGUCGUUCAAGAAGUCCUCAAAACUGGCACCGAUCUACGGCAAUAUUCCAAACAAAUCGAAAAGGAACUUAAGGAGGUCGAAAAUAAAUCAAUUCAAGAUUACAUAAAAGAAAGCGAGAAUAUAGCUAGUCUACACAAUCAGAUUGCCGAUUGCGACAAUAUCUUGGAGAAAAUGGAAUCAAUGUUGAUGAACUUUCAGUUAGAUUUAGGAAGUAUUAGUUCCGAAAUACUUUAUUUGCAGCGUAAGUCUGUUGCUAUGAGCCAGCAGCUAUCUAAUAGACAAGCAAUACGUGGUCCUCUUAGUCAAUUUAUCGAAGACAUGAUUGUGUCUGAAGCUCUCAUUGUUGGUAUUAUGGAUUGUCCUGUGACUGAAAAGGAAUUUUUAAUUCAGCUACAAACACUGAAUCAUAAAAUUAACUUUGUGAAGGAACAAAGUUUCAAGGAGGCAAAGUCUUGUCUAGAUGUAAAGGAUAUAUUAGAGAAGUUGAAAAUAAAGGCAAUGGCAAAGAUUAGAACAUAUCUGCUGGAACAAAUUUAUAAAUAUAGAAAACCAAUGACAAAUUAUCAAGUGCCACAGAAUAAUAUGUUAAAAUAUAAAUUCUUUUUUGAGUUUAUUAUGACAAAUGAGAGAAAUGUGGCAGAAGAAAUCAUUGGAGAAUACAUUGAUACGAUGAGCAAGAUAUAUUAUUCAUAUUUUAAGUCCUAUUCGUCGAGGCUGAUGAAAUUACAGUUUGAGGAAAGAGCAACAAAGGAUGAUUUAAUGGGAGUUGAAGACACAGUGGGCAGAGGUAUGUUUCAUAAAACGACGUUAAAACAUAAAGGCACUGUCUUUUCGAUAAAUACAAGGGGUGAAGUUUUGUCUCAAUUGGAAGCACCUAUAAUUGUUCCGCACCCUGCCUCUGCUUCUAAGACACGAUAUUAUUAUGAAGCCCUAUUCAGAAGUGAACAGUAUGCUGUGGCUGAUAAUGCUUGCAGAGAAUAUUUAUUCCUAACCGAGUUUUUUAAAGUUUAUAAUACACAAGCAUUAGAUAUUUUUUAUCAGGUCUUGGGAAAAACGUUAAAUCUCAUGAAAAAGAACUUGGAAUCAUUUGUUGAUGAUUGUUACGAUACAAUUGCUCUGUUUCUCUGUCUAAAUUUGGUGAUGCAUUAUAAACUGGCAUGCCACAAAAAAGCUGUACCAGCUUUGGAUAAAUAUUGGGACAGUUUAAUAAGCAUAAUUAUGCCUAGAUUUAAAUAUGUGUUUCGAUUAAACAUAGACAGCGUAAGAAACUGUGAUCCAUCAAAAUUUAACAAGGAGACUGGACCACAUUAUAUUACCAGAAGAUAUGCAGAAUUUAGCGCAGCAAUGAUAAGCGUAGUCAAAGGAUUCCCCUGUGAAGAAGCAACUCAGUUAUUGACAGAACUGAGAGAAGCUGUACAAUGUUUUUUACUAAGAAUGGCAGCUAUUUUCUCGAAUCGAAUGCAGCAAUUAGUAUUUCUUAUCAAUAAUUAUGACCUAAUACUUGGAGUGUUAAUGGAGAGAACACGCGAUAAUUCGAAAGAAGCGGAAAGCUUUCGAGAGCAAUUAAAUGCGCGCUCUUCCGAAUUUGUCGAAGAAGUCUUGAGUCCACAUUUUGGUGCUAUAAUUCAGCUAGUGAAGGAAUCGGAAAAUUUAAUCGAAAAGGGCCAAGUUGACGAUUUGAAACGACAAGAAGAGAAAGCAUUAUCUCUGGUAAAAUCUUUUACGAAAAAUUGGAAACAAGCAUUAGAAGAGAUACAUAGAGAGGUGUCGCAUUCAUUUCCCAGUUUGAUACUUGGCGGCGCGCUAGUUCAACGUGCAAUGACACAGUUAGUGGAAUAUUACAAUCGUUUUCAUAAGAUCUUGCCGCCGAAUGUACGCCCGCAACUUACAAAUAUCCAUCAUAUAAUGAUAGAAAUUAAAAAGUAUAAGACAAAUUAUUAGUUAAAAUUGUAAAAAAAAGAUUGAUUACGCCCAAAUU